UGUUUGCUUGCUUCUCUGAAAAAACCACACUACACCAACCGGACUGUUGUCGCUAACCUACCUUAAUUGGCAGCAUAAGCAAACCACUAAACGUUUGUUCCAAAAAUACUUGCAUACAAGCAUUACGCCCAAACCUAGCUCAACGGUUCAACUUGUUGCUUGAAUCUGUAUCACGUCGAGAAUGUUUUCGAUCAAUAUGCAGUCUGCUGGAGGCAAUUUUCAUCAUGUUUAUAUUGAUUGUCUUGUCGUACAGGAAACAUACCGCACCCGGACGGCAUGAUUUCGUGAGCGGUUGACGCGCCCUCGGUUCCUGGCGUUUAGGCCAUCCGCCGUCGCCUUGUCAGCACGGCUGAAGCUCAGACUGACAACCUAGGUGUUGUCUGGUCAAUACAUGAUCAUCUAUCUCCCCCUCUUCGUGUCUACGUUCUACUUUCCACCCUUUUUUUUCUUUUACUCCUUUACUCCUUUCCUCUUCCUCGAUGGCCCCCAUCCGUUGCCACAUUCCUGCCAUUGAUUUGGCAUCAUAGUCUGGACGCCCACUGUAUGAGGUCCAUGGGUGGCAGCAUCUCAUACAGUCAACAAUCUCCAUGCCGCCACUGGGUGUUACUUCCCUGAUGCUCAUUAUCUUGCCUCUCGCAUCUUGACUUGUAUAGAAAUAGAUUAAACUUGGCCAACCUCUGAACCUCCUGGGAGUUUUCAGCACGCCAUGAAUUACAGUCCAAGAUCACCGUCGCUCAGAAGCGAGAAGGAGACACGGCCGGGCGGCAGAGCUUCUACUGACGAUGACAUCGAGGCGGCUCAGCCGGCAAUCCAUGAUGCGGUCGUUGGCGCAGGCACCGAUUCCGGGAGAGCUGAUGAAGCUCAUUCCGCUCCCCUGGCCCGAGAAAAACAUGCCGGAGCCCCAGCCGAAGCAAAGGGGCACAGCUCUUCAGACACUGCCGCCGUAAGCCCUGGAGGCAUGUAUAACCCACGCAGCCUAAGGUUCUGGGCAAUCAUGGGCUGCAAUUUUCUCGCCCUAUUCCUGGUGGCUCUCGACCGAACGAUACUCGCCACCGCGGUGCCCAGGAUAACAGACGAGUUUCACAGCCUGGGCGAUGUCGGUUGGUACGCCUCGUCAUACAUGUUGACCACCUCAGCGUCACAACUUUUGUUCGGCAGGAUAUACAAGUUCUACCCUACGAAAUGGACGUUCCUCGUGUCCAUCGUCGUUUUUGAGAUUGGUUCUGCCAUAUGUGGCGCAGCACCCACUUCAACAGUCUUCAUCGUGGGAAGAUCCAUUGCUGGCCUAGCAUCGGCCGGCAUAUUCACAGGAUGCAUGCUGAUGUUUAUGAUGGUGCCGUUACACAAGAGGCCCAUGUUCCAAGGCCUUUUUGGCAUGACGUUUGGCCUUGCCUCGGUUAUGGGCCCCUUGGUCGGUGGCGCCUUCACGGGAACAGUGACUUGGAGGUGGUGUUUCUACAUGAACUUGCCAAUCGGACUUGUGGCCUUCAUAUGCAUGAUCUUGUGGUGGACUCCGCCCGAGAAACCCACGGAGCCGGCGCCGCUCCUCACGCAUAUCAAGCGUCUUGAUCCACUCGGAUCCUUUUUCUUUCUACCCGCCGUUGUUUCGUUGUUGUUGGCAUUGGAAUGGGGCGGCUCGACCUAUCCGUGGAACAGCGGCGUCAUUAUCGGCCUUCUAGUGGCAUGUGCAGUUUUGGUCUCGGCUUUUGCGGCCGUUCAGAUCUUGCGUCCCGAGACGGCCACGAUCCCGGCACGAGUCAUCACACAGCGCAGUGUCUUGUUUGCGACCAUCUUCACCUUCUUUGUCGCAGGCGGGAUGCUCAUGUGCGUCUACUUCCUUCCGAUAUGGUUCCAGACAGCCCAAGGGGUUGACCCGCUGCGCUCGGGUAUAUACACUCUGCCGCUGGUUCUCUCGCUCGUUGUCUCGAGUGCCAUGUCGGGCAUCUUUACGUCGAAAAUCGGCUACUAUAUGCCCUCGAUGCUACUAUGUCCUGUCAUCAUGGCCGUCGGCGAGGGUUUGAUGAGCACAUUCAGCCCAACCACGGACUCGGGCCACUGGAUCGGUUUCCAGUUUCUCACAGGAUUUGGCCUAGGCUUCGGCAUGCAAACUGGAGGCUUGGCCAUUCAGACUGUCCUGCCCAUGGCCGAUGUCUCGACCGGAAUUGCAAUCAACAUGUUCGCCCAGCAGCUAGGAGGUGCUGUGUUCACUUCGGUCGGGCAGGCAAUCCUGAGCAAUGUGUUGGUGAAACAGUUGGUGGGCGUUGAUGGGCUACAGGCAGAGGAGAUUAUCAAAGGGGGUAUCACCAACCUUCUUAGUCAUGUGCGCCGCGAAGACCGAGGAUUGGUUGUAGGCGCAUACAACUUUGCCUGUACCAGGAUUUUCUUGGCCGCCAUGGCACUCAGUUGCUGUGCCCUACUGUGCGCUUUCUGCAUGGAGUGGAGAAGCAUCAAGAAGCCGCAACCAGAAAACGGUGUCCCUCAAGGUGCAACCGGCGACACGGCCCCAGCUCUACUCGUCAAGGAAGGGGCCAUGCCCGGUAUCAACUCCUGUCCAGACGCUAACCAGGACGCUACAAGCAACAAAGAGUUCGGGGAGAACCCCCUACUGACAGAUACUAGAUCAGACUUGGGUCCGAGAGACGUCGACAGCAGCACAGAAUCGGAGGCUAACAUCGCAGACAAGCCCGUGAACCGUCACUCACUUGGGCACAAUGAAACUUCCGUCAUUGCGAAACACACCAACGGUCUUGUGAUAGGCAUCGUGCCGUACGCGGAUACCCCAACCGAUGAACCAACGGAGGACAAGUUGUUUUCUGAAGAUACCCAGUCGGACCUAACGCCGACAACAUUGGCAGAGGCAGAGGCGGAGAUAGAGGCAAGUGCAAAGGCAGAGAAAGAGACGAUGGCAGAGAAAGAGAUAGAGCCAGAGAAAGAGGCAGUGGCAGACGCAAGGGCAGAAGCAGAAGCAGAAGCGGGUGCAAAUACAGAGGGACGGGCAGAUGGCAGUGAUGGCGACAGCUUUGUGACAGUUUCGGAGGAUACUAAACUGGACGGGCAAGCCAAAGACCAAGGAGAAAUGCUGCCUCGCGGCAGCCUAGACCUACUCUUCCUACUCACACCAGGGGUGCAGAGAAGCAGCAGAGGGGACACUAAGCCAGAGGAAUCGGAAAGAUCGCAGGCUCAAAAGCAGCCAUGAGAACCCAGACAUAUCAAGGGCUGAUUCUUGGCUCAUCUAUAGAACUAUACAGCGAUGUCACUUCAGCUCCAUCUCAUUAAAUUGUAAUGCGCCUCAGGGCCGCUAGGAGCAUCUCUAUCUUUUGUAAGCUACAUAAUUAUAUAUUCCAGCAUUCUAAAUAAUGAAUACAAGGAUGGCAAAAGUGGCAGCAAUAAUGA